GUGCACAGGGGCGCAGUCAUUAGAGCAGUAGUAGUAGUAGUACAGCAGUAGGCCUAUGCUCCACAGUGCAGGCGCAGCGCACAUGAACUGAAUGGAAGCCACGAGAGGAAGUGGCGGCCAAAUGCAGCUCCACACCUUUCCGGUAGAGUAGUGAACCAGCUCGACUGGAGGAGAACGGCGAAAUCUGAGUGUAUGAAACCAGAUACAAACGGCGGUAGACGGCAUACAAGAGAAGAUCCCAGGAGCGGGUGUGCUGCUAAAACUGUAAGGGCAUUUCCCCAGCAGGCAUCGAGGGCUUCUACCGCGGAAUAACCACCGAGGACCGCUUUUCUCCGGCACACGGGGCUGUACAAGGGCGCACCCGGUGAGGAGGACCGCCACACACGCAAGGCAUACAAGCAUCGCCUUCUGGAGCUUUUUCACCCGCUUGUUUAUAAGACAAUUAUGAAUGAACUGCAAAGCAAGCCAACAAGCUUUUAAUUUUGUACCAUGUUGUGAGAGAGGCCCGUGAGCCCUGUGAUAGUCGGAACAUUUAUGUCCCUCCGUUCUACUGGGUCUUGGAUACUACCCUUAUGCAUGUCCACAUCUAAGGAAUGAUUUCAAGGUAAAAGUAUAUAAUCGGCUAUUGAAGCUACCACCACCGUAUAUUGCUCAAAAACAAUUGACUUUCUUCUUGGCAGAUUGAAGUAUUUAUGCACAGUUGCUCAAAAUGGGUAAAGUGCUCUCAAAAAUAUUUGGCAAUAAAGAGAUGAGAAUAUUAAUGCUGGGACUAGAUGCUGCAGGCAAGACCACAAUACUUUACAAACUCAAGCUUGGACAGUCUGUGACUACAAUUCCCACAGUUGGAUUCAAUGUGGAAACUGUCACCUACAAGAAUGUUAAGUUCAACGUGUGGGAUGUUGGGGGCCAGGACAAGAUCCGGCCUCUGUGGCGACACUACUAUACAGGCACCCAAGGGUUAAUUUUUGUGGUGGACUGUGCAGACAGGGAUCGCAUUGAUGAGGCACGACAAGAGCUCCAUCGCAUUAUCAAUGACCGGGAGAUGAGGGAUGCCAUCAUCCUGAUAUUCGCCAACAAGCAAGAUCUCCCUGAUGCCAUGAAGCCCCAUGAAAUCCAAGAGAAGCUUGGAUUGACCCGCAUCCGUGAUAGGAAUUGGUAUGUGCAGCCGUCCUGUGCGACCACAGGUGAUGGACUGUAUGAAGGCUUGACAUGGCUAACCUCAAACUACAAGUCUUAAUGAUAAAGAGCUGAUGAUUUUAGGCCCAAAUGUUAAAGUGUGAGUAACAAAUAAUCUCUCAAUGAUAUGGUUAAGAAAACGUUGAUCAUCUUCCUUUUUAAGUUCACCCUACCACUAAUUUAUAUUUAACUGGGUUUGCUGGCUUGAAGUUUGCUUUUAUCCUAUAGCAGGCCUGCCACAUGUAUUAACUGGGAGGCUUGUUGGGUCAAUAUUGAAAUAUAGGAUUCUAAUAUUGAAGCCACUGAGAUCACCGCCUUUGCCUAUGGUUUCUCCUGUUUUAUAUCAUUUUCUAUCUACUUUUAUUGUUGUUGGACUAAUAUUGGUUUAUAGGUUCUGGUUAUUUUCCUCAGAGAUGACAUUGCUUAUGUCAAGUAGCUUAUUUUGAAGACUCUACACAGUACUGUAACAAACAUGUAUUUCUGGGGUUUGAUUGUCUGCUGCAAGGGGAAAAUGAAAUUGAUUAUUGCUUGCAUCUUUUUGUCAUCAGUCUUCACAUGAGAGAAGUGACUUCAGACCUGUUUUGUUCCCCCCUCCUUAUGUGGGCUAUAUAGUUACAUGAUUGACCUUCUGUGUCAUGUCUUGAUAUAUAAUUGUGCUGAAAUAGGCCGCAGUAAUUUACUCAUGCUUGUCGGGAUGCAUUUUAUUUUUAUUUUGGGUUACAUGUAGUUGACUCAAUUUUUCCAAUGGAAUGUCAUUCAGCUCUGAGUGCUCUCAAUCUAAUACCACAGUUGAUUAGUCUCAAUAUUGAGACAGUAUAUGAUAGCCUCUAUCUGUAGCAUGAGUAUACAGAAGUACAGUAGCCCUGCAUCAGUUACCAUCUGGUCAGUCAGGGGAUGCUGCUGAUUGGUGAAAAGUUGCAGACGCCAUGUGGUGCAGCUCUUAUUUCUAAUUGAACUGUGGAAAACAUGUACAUAACAUUUCAUUGUAAUGUCUUAUUAAAAAAGUGAUUCAAAAAC